ACGCAAAAAUUACAGCCCCGGAGCGACCCAACCGCCGAGCGUCUGCAAUGCCUCCGGCAUUGAAACCCGCAGUGCCAUCACAGAGGCUUCUCAGGUUCCUUCGCGCCCAAUCCGAAGCCCUUUCCUUCACAGAGUGCGCCUCUGCUUGGUCUGCGCGUCAUGUCUGCACCUGCAGCAGGCCGAGGUCUUCGUUGAGACCGUCGAGCACUACGGCUGCUGCACAGCGUAGACUUCCCGCGCAAACUACACUCCUCGACGUCGGCGGACUUCUCCUCCACAGAACUCCGAGGAAACAGCGCACUGCGGCGGCGACGGCAGGCAUCAAGAGUCACGGCUUCUCUCCUACCGUGGGCGGCGCCCGGCGCUAUGCGUCAACCGACAGCGGCGACAAGUUGACAUGGCAGGAGCUGCUCUUUGGUCCGAGACCCAAGAGCCAGAGGGACCCGCUGAAGGAGGAAGACAUUAGGGUGCAGCUGGAAGAGGAGUCGGGCUCCAUCUUCCAGCGCAGGUCCUUGACCGCGAAAGCCGCCCUGGACCCUAGGCUCAGGUGUACCGAGGUGGACGGGAAUGGCAAGGUUAUCAUGGUCGACGGCGAGCUCAAAAAGAGUGAGCUAAUCGCCAAGUAUGGUCUCCUUCCGCGCGAUCUCCGCAAGAUCGACUCGUCCAAUCUCCCGCACAUCCUCGUCCGCCCUUCGGCUAUUCUCAUUAACCUGCUCCACCUAAAGGUCCUCAUCAAACACGACCGCGUUCUGUUGUUUGAUGUCUACGGCUCCACUUCGUCGUAUCCCCAAUCGGCCUUCAUGUACGACCUACAGGGGAAGCUCCAGCAAAAGCAGACGUCUGGGGCAAACAGCCUGCCCUACGAGUUCCGCGCUCUCGAGGCGGUGCUCAUGUCGGUGACGUCGGAGCUGGAGGCCGAUUUCGAGUCGGUGCGAGACCCCGUCAUCCGCAUCCUCAGCGAGCUGGAAGAUGAUAUCGACCGGGAGAAGCUGAGGAUCCUGCUCGUGCUUUCCAAGCGGGUCAGCACGUUCGAGCAAAAGGCCAAGCUGGUGCGCGAUGCGCUCGAGGAGCUCCUCGAGGCCGACGACGAUCUCGCAGCCAUGUACCUGACCGAGAAGACGCACGACCUCUUCCGAGGCGAGGAUGACCACACCGAGGUGGAGCUUCUACUGGAGUCGUACAACAAGAUCUGCGACGAAGUCGUCCAGGAGGCGAGCAACCUGGUGUCGAGCAUACGAAAUACCGAGGAAAUCAUCCGGGCGAUCCUCGACGCCAAUCGCAACUCGCUUAUGCUGCUCGACCUCAAGUUCAGCGUGGGCACGCUCGGGCUCGCCAUGGGCACCUUCCUGGCCGGGCUCUACGGCAUGAACCUCGAAAACUUCAUCGAGGAAACCAACUGGGGUUUCGGCGCUGUCACCGCUAUCUCGACCUUCUUCUCCCUGCUGGUCUGCUGGUACGGGCUGGUGAAGUUGCGCAAGGUGCAGCGGGUCAAGAUGUACGGAAGCUCGAUGAAGAGGGGGAAUGAAGGCCACUGGUUCCGCGAAGAUGGCACAGACGUCCUGCUCGAUCCCAGCAACCGCGAGCGGCUGAGGAGGAUCAACAUGCUGAAAAACACAAAGCAGACACGGAAAAAGUGGCCCUUUUGAUGCCUUUGGGGCACGCCUUCCACGCCACUUUGGAGUUUGUUUUUUUUUGGGGGACCGCCUACUCAAGAGCCUUCGGGUUACGGGAUUAGACUGAGCGUUUGUGGCGAAGGUUGUUGUCUGUAUAGGCCAUGAGCAACCAACGCUGUGCUUGGUGUUGCAACAACGGUGCGUGCUGUUCCUGUAUGAUACAUAUAGAUGAUUAGCAUUACUCUUCUCAUCUUGGCUUACAGCACACCAAGCUUCUGUAUUAUUUCAAGACAAAUAUGAGACAAAUAUGCGACAAGGAAGCAGA